AUGGGGGGUCAUCCAUUCAAAUACAAGGAUGACACUGAGAGGGCCCAAGCAGCGCAUGAAUCCCACAGAAAAUACUAUCAAAUGAACAAGAAGGCUAUCUGCGAAAAGAAUAGCAGAUAUCGUGCAAAUUGGAUGACAGGCAAUGCCCAGUGCACUACCACCUCUCUAGAAACUGCAACAAUGAAGCUCUGCCCUACCUCUUGCCCUACCUCUGAGACAAGCCCCUUUCAGAUCAUUAUUGUGCCGGAAUCAAAGCAAACCACCGGAAUACGCAGGCCAGUGCAACAAUUCUGCAAAAAACUUUACGACCAGCUCUUAUGCAGUGUCGAGACAUGGGAAACUGCCAUCUGCAAGCUUCUCGAGGUCCUCACGCAUCUUGAAGAGGUUCAGGUUGGUCUGCAGGCACUGGAAGCAAGUGUGCUCGAAGAGAUGGGCAUGACAAGAUUUUUCAAGGAGUGCAAAAAGAUUAUAGCUGCAAUUGAGGAACUGUGGUGCUAUGGAACAUCAGGGAUGUCCGACCUUGCUGACAGGCGCAGGCAGGGGGACUUACUACUUUCAGAGAUUAGAAUAAGUUGCAUUCUUACACUCUUCCGCCCUUCCCACUCAAUGUCUCAAAAACUCGAAGCACAGUACCUGUCUCCAGCUCAAUGCGCAUUUCUUGCUGAACUAUAUGACAGAUUCGACAAGAUUCCCAUUAGCGACUAUGACAAGUUCUUGGAGUCUGUUUAUGAGGUAUGGUUUGCUCGAUGGCCUGAGCACAAUGUCUACCUUUCCUACUGCGGCAUCUACCCGGGUGGGGAUACCACAACAAUUAGCAGCUUGGGGGAAGCUAUCAUCCAGGCAUGGAUUCCAAAACGCCGAGAGUUGAUUAAGAACUAUUUUUUCAGGAGAAAGGCAGCUCACUUGCGCAAUGACUUUGACACCGCCAGAUGUAUUAGAGUUUACUUGGAUAUGCAUGCCAUGCAUACCAUCCAACAGCUGAAUACACCUGCGGGUUUACUCAACACAAUGGCUCCACCGACAUGGGCUAUGGAUGAGCAAGAUGUCAUCCUGAUGUCAAUGUUAGCUGAAUAUUGCACUUACAUGCCGACAAAAAAUUACAUGGAGUUCUGGCCCAAAAUCAACAAGAAUUUUUUUGCCCAAUGCCCAGUCCAUAAAAUAUACUAUCCCGAUGUUGAUGACAAGGACAAGCUGACCGAGGAGCAAAAGGAGGUGUAUAAGACACCAUUAAAAAAGCGAAAAGAACAAAUUGUGUGCUGGUAUCGGUGGAAGACAAACCCUGCGCGUCUUGCAUGUUCAGGUGGUUCAAGAGGAGUGCUUGCCAUGGAAAAAACACUCGCAGGAGGCACAUCCAUGUGUGCACCAAAGGAAGUUGAGGUUUACUCGCAGAUGUACUAUGCCGACCACAUCAAGCAGUCAGCCGACAACGCAAUUGCGGAGGGGGGAAUUACCUCAUGUGGCUCUAAGCUCCGCAUGCGUCGUGAGACCACGGCAGAGAAAUAUGAGGCGGAGUCGAUUACUGUGAAAGAGAAGUUGAAAAAGAAGUUCAAGAAAGCCCGCAAGGUCGCCCAAGCUAAGGUGAGGGAAGAGGUAGAUGAUGAUACCAAGAUUAAGGCAAUCCAUGACCUUCCGGUGGUGUUAGAUCGUAUCUUCCGACACCUGAGCCACAUGACUGGUGGAUGGAAGUUCUCCAUCCUCAUGGGUGGCCGCAAUCCAGAAGUUGGGGGUAAUAUACGAUUCUUUGAUUAUCACCUUGGUGAAUGCGCCACUGGUGGCCAGUUUGCAGACUUGUAUGUCAUGUACAGUGAGGUUCUUAAGGCAUUUGUGAGUUUUGUGGACAGUACUAUCAAGCACGAGGACUCUCUCCCAGCUACCAACCGCGACCACGACAGAGAGAGAGAGAUCAAAUGUGAUGAUAAUGACUCAGAUGAUGAGGGUUCAGAUAGUGAGGUGGAUGAGGUUCACAGUGGUGAAAGUACCGCUGCAGCAAAAGUACCAGGGGGCAAUAUUGGUCCUGGAAGCUCAAGGGAGUGGGGUGCACUUUAUCAGUUGACUCCAAACGAGUGUAAUGCAUCACCAUCACAAACACAGUUCAACUUACUCGCUCAGGACUUAAGCUCACAUACGCAUGACUUGGACUUUCUCGCUUCCACUGAGCCAUUUGACUAUGAGGCUGCAAUAUCCUCUUUUCUGGAGACAUCUGUUGGGGCCAGCAUGGAUUCAGAGGGUGGCGCUGACUUACAUCUGCCUUUUCUGCCUCCUGUGGGGCGUGAAGUUCCAAUCCCUCCAUUUGUCUGGCCUAUGCCUCCUACUCCCCUUGCUUUUCAGUUAGACCCAGCGCUCCAUGGGCCUCAGCCUCCUGUGUCCAUCGAAGCUCCUGCUCAUACUCUCUCUGCAGCGCCUGCUCAUACUCUCUCUGCAGCGCCUGCUCAUACUCCCUCUGUAACACCUGCUCCCCCUACAUUCCAGCAAGCAUCUGCGACACACAGACCUCCUACUCCCUCUACUUCUGCUCCCCCUACAUUCCAGCCAGCACCUGCGAUGCCCAGGCCUCAUGCUCCCUCUACUUUUGAGCCAGAGCCAUCGAUCCCCGCACCUCUCUCUGCAGUGCCUGCUCUCCCUACAUUCCAGCAAGCAUCUGCGACACCCAGACCUCCUACUCCUUCUACUUCUGCUCCCCCUACAUUCCAGCCAGCACCUGCGAUGCCCAGGCCUCCUACUCCCUCUACUUUUGAGCCAGAGUCAUUGAUCCCCACACCUCAGGCAUCUCAGUCAGCACCUGCGUCUGAGUCUCGUGCUCCCUCUGUGUCUGCUCCCUCUGUGUCUGCUCCCUCUGUGUCUGAGCCAACACCAGCACUUUCUGUAUUGGCACCUGAGCCUCUUCCGGUCUCAGUGUCUCAGCCCAUUGCUCGCCAUAUUGAAGAAGAACAGCCUGGCGCUCGGCAUACUGGUAGGGCACGCCGAUCAGUCCCUUUCAAUCGCUGUGAAUUGAACAAUGUCAUUGGUGAUACUCCUCAGCGGUCUGGUCAAGUAGGCAGAGGCGCAAAUGCUACAUCAACAACACAGGGCUCAAAACGCAGCAGCAAACGCAAUGCUGAGAACACUGGUAACACAUCUAAUAAAAAAAAAUCUAAGGUUGCAUGA